UCUCCCUUUCAGCCAUGGCGGUUGCUCCCUCCCUUUAACUGCACCCACUCCAACUCUUAUUACCGUCGCCUCGCCUUGCCACCCGCCUUAGUUAGAACUUAAGAACCGCCUCGCGCACCAUCCGGACAUCACCCGAGUAACAGUCGCUGGCUCUCUGGUAUCGAAGAGCGUUCUGCAUUGCGUUACUGUUUGCUCCUCGUCCCUCACUUAUACGUCGCACGUCGCGAUCUUUAGGUGCAAGCUAUUUACUUAGCCUUCUCGUAUAAUAUUAUCCUGAGACGGAGUCUCGCUUACGCUCUCUAUUUUCGCGAGACGCAUUACGUCGCUAGCGGUUAACGGAGACUGUGCUAUCUAGUGCGUAUGGUUCUGCAACCCUAAUUGCAGAAUAGACCCAUGGGUAACUGUUAAAGUCGUAUUAGUUGCUGAGCUAUCGAGGUAGGUGGACCUAUGGGUGGGUGCCUAUCUACCCCGAAGGCGACGAUAGAGGAGCAGAGACCCAAUAACGCACCCCCACCAGGUGGCGAGCCGCCUAAAGUUGCUGGGGGUGCGCCCGCUCCGGAGCCGGGAAGCAACAAUCAGCAGCAGCAGGAGGAGGAGCAAUGGCGGAUGCAGCAGCAGAAAGAGCAGGAGGCGCUGCAGCAGAAGCAAGCGUACGAGGCGCAACAGAUGCAGGAACAGCAGCAGCUACAGAUGCAACAGCAGCAGCAGAUGCACUACCAGCAGCAGCAGAUGCAGAUGCAGCAGCAGCAGCAACAGCAGCAACAAAUGUACAUGCAACAGCAGCAGCAGCAGCAGCAGUACGGGUCAGAUCAGCAAGGGUAUAAUCCUCAAUACGCGCUGCAACAACAAGACCCCCGGUACAUGCAGCAGCAGCAGCAGCAGUUACAGUACCACCAGCAGCAGCAGCAGCAGCAGCAGCAGCCACCACCCAUGAACCCCUACCAGCAGCCCCCCCAUCUAGCCCCCCAACUCCCUCCGGGUUUCCAACAAUCCAUCCCCGCGCCUAUCCCUCCCCGUGGGCUACGACAAGUGAACGAAGAGGAAGAGGUAAACGACGGGCAGGGGGGGUGGGGAGGCGGAGCGGCCGUAGCAGCAGCAGGAGGAGGGGGAGGUGGAGCCGGGGGAGGUGUUAUCGGGUAUCAGGAGCAGCCUGCGGAGCUACAGGAAUAUUCGUACCAGGAUUUAGUUGAUGCGACGGAAGAUUUUCAGGAACACUCGGUGCUGGGAGAGGGCGGGUUCGGGAAGGUUUAUAAGGGGUAUGUUUUGGACCGGUUUCCGGUGGAGGGCGGGCCGCCCGUGACGGCGACAGUGGCGAUAAAGAAACUGAACCCGUCGGGUUACCAGAGCAAAGUGGAGUGGAUGAGGGAGAUCCUGGUGCUGGGAAGAUUGAACCACUCGAAUCUGGUGCUGGGGAGAUCCUGGUGCUGGGGCAAGCUGAACCACCCGAAUCUGGUGCGACUGAUAGGGUACUGCGCGGAGCUGGAGGAGAUGCUGCUCGUCUACGAGUUUGUGCCCCGGGGCAGUCUUGACUACCACCUCUGGCCAGCCCCCAAUGUCCCUGCAGACCCCCUGCCAUGGCAAGCGCGCCUGCGCAUCGCCCACGACGCGGCCUGUGGCUUGGCGCACCUGCACGCCAGCAACUUCAUCCACCGCGACUUCAAGGCGCCCAACAUCCUCAUUGCCGAGAACUACGCAGGCAAGCUGACGGAUUUCGGGCUGGCGAAGGAUGGGCCGGAUGCGGGGCAGACGCAUGUGUCAACGCAGAUCAUGGGCACCAUGGGGUACCUGGACCCGCGAUACGCCGAAACAGGCCAGCUGACAGUGAAGAGUGACGUGUAUGCCUAUGGCGUGGUCCUCCUAGAGCUCCUCACAGGCAAGAAGGCCAUGGGAAUCAGCCCUGGCGGCAAGCCCAAGACCCUCACCUCCUGGGCUCGCCCGUACCUCAACAAGGCUCGGCCGGACCUGGAGUCCCUGGUGGACCCGAACCUGAUUGACCCGUUCCCUGAGAAGGUGGCUCGGACGCUGGCUAUUUCGGCGAAGCACUGCAUCCAGGAUGACACCAACAUGCGGCCCAUGAUGAGCGACAUUGUCGACACGCUCAGGCCUCUCAACACGGCUAUUAAUGGCCGCCGCUAAGUGUUCUUCUGGCUCUUAGCCAAGGGUGGUGGCGAGAAGGUGGAGGGAAAGGUGGAGAGGAGGUGGAGGGGAAGGUGGAGAGGAGGUGGAGGGGAAGGUGGAGAGGAGGUGGAGGGGAGGGUGGAGAGAAGGCGGAGGGCAGGGGGGUGUGGGACGACGGCAGAUAGCAAGAGCAGUGCGGGGAGGGGAGCGAGUGUGUGCAGCGGAGUUAGAUUGACAGACCAGGGCAGUGCCCCCGGGGAGUCAAUCUAGCACAGGGCGUGGCGUUUUGAACGAAUGACCGUUAUCAGUGACUGGCUGAGUGGCCAUCAGUCGACAUCUGUCGGCUGAGGGGAGAUGGGGGGUCUGGCAAGGCAGCUGUAGUGACAAGCAAGGCAGCUGUGGGUAUGCUUGAUGGAUGCGCACCUGAGUCGGGGGAGGUUGAGCAGAAGCGGCUGGAGAGUCUUUUGCACUGGCCUAGGGUGGGGUGUUCAGCCGUGGUCUUUGCUUGGGUGGUGAGGUGAACUAGGGGCUGUCAGAUGUGUGUUUGAGCCUCCAGUUUUGUUAUUUGGUGAAUAUAACAUAUCAGUGGGUUGUUAUGGUAUGCGGGUGAGGGGGAGAGGGGGGGGAGGGGAGGUGGGAAGGGGGGGGGGGAAAUGGGGGGUGGGGGGAUGUGACUUGUGAGGGUGUAGUUGACAUGUUUCAUCUAGCAUGGAGCUCAGGUAGUGGGCAUGGGAUGGAGAGGCACAAUGCAGCUGCUUAGGCAACUGGGUCCAUGUGGGCCUGGUGGUUGGAUAGGACGAAGGGCCCUUUUACAGUGGUGGUCUUAGGAAAGUCUUUGAUUAGUUAUUUAGGGAGACGGUGGCUGCUCUUUUGUGUCGGCCUUAUGUGGCGUAGGAGUGCAGUUUGUCAGCUUCCUCCUGACCUGAUGCGCACUUAUGAUAGGUGAGGCGUUUUGCUCUAUUUAUUAGAAGGGUGAUGGGAGCGCUCACAUUUGAAUGCAAGUGGGUACGCCAUGAAUAAGAC